AGCCGGGAAAGGGGAAGCGAGGGCGAGCGAGCGACUCAGUCCCCGGGCGGCGGCGGCGGCGGCGGCGGCGGCGGCGGGGGCGGCCCGCUCCAGCCAUGCCGAAUAAAAGCAAGAAGGAGAAAGAUUCACCAAAAGCGGGGAAAAGUGGAAAAAGUUCGCGAGAAGGACAAGACACGGUAGAAUCGGAGCAGAUUCCCAGCAGGAAAAACAGUAUUGCUGUCCCCCAGUCUGCGGUGUCUGGUAAAAUAAAAGUCCCCGUCCCUCAGCCGGUGGUGAAGAAGGACACGCGGCAGAACUCCUCCAGGUUCAGCGCCAGCAACAACCGAGAGCUUCAGAAGCUGCCGUCGCUGAAAGAUGUUCCUCCUGCUGAUCAAGAGAAGCUUUUUAUUCAGAAGUUACGUCAAUGUUGUGUCCUCUUUGACUUUGUUUCUGAUCCACUAAGUGACCUAAAGUGGAAGGAAGUAAAACGAGCUGCUUUAAGUGAAAUGGUAGAAUAUAUCACACACAAUCGGAAUGUGAUCACAGAGCCUAUUUACCCAGAAGUCGUCCAUAUGUUUGCAGUUAACAUGUUUCGAACGUUACCACCUUCCUCCAACCCUACGGGAGCAGAGUUUGACCCGGAGGAAGACGAGCCAACAUUAGAAGCAGCCUGGCCUCACCUACAGCUUGUUUAUGAAUUUUUCUUAAGAUUUUUAGAGUCUCCAGAUUUCCAACCUAAUGUAGCGAAGAAAUAUAUUGAUCAGAAGUUUGUAUUACAGCUUUUAGAACUCUUUGACAGUGAAGAUCCUCGGGAGAGAGAUUUUCUUAAAACUACCCUUCACAGAAUCUAUGGAAAAUUCUUAGGCUUAAGAGCUUACAUCAGAAAACAGAUAAAUAAUAUAUUUUAUAGGUUUAUUUAUGAAACAGAACAUCACAAUGGCAUAGCAGAGUUACUGGAGAUAUUGGGAAGUAUAAUUAAUGGAUUUGCCUUACCACUGAAAGAGGAGCACAAGAUUUUCUUAUUGAAGGUGUUAUUACCACUGCACAAAGUGAAAUCCCUGAGUGUCUACCACCCCCAGCUGGCAUACUGUGUAGUGCAGUUCUUGGAAAAGGACAGCACCCUUACGGAGCCAGUGGUGAUGGCCCUGCUCAAAUACUGGCCAAAGACUCACAGUCCAAAAGAAGUAAUGUUCUUAAAUGAACUAGAAGAAAUUUUAGAUGUUAUUGAGCCAUCGGAAUUUGUGAAGAUCAUGGAGCCUCUCUUCAGGCAGUUAGCCAAAUGUGUUUCCAGUCCACAUUUCCAGGUGGCCGAGCGCGCCCUGUACUACUGGAACAACGAGUACAUCAUGAGCCUCAUCAGCGACAACGCAGCCAAGAUCCUGCCCAUCAUGUUUCCGUCCUUGUACCGCAACUCGAAGACCCACUGGAACAAGACGAUACACGGCUUGAUCUAUAACGCACUGAAACUCUUCAUGGAGAUGAACCAAAAACUCUUUGACGACUGCACCCAGCAGUUCAAAGCAGAGAAACUGAAAGAGAAGCUAAAAAUGAAAGAACGAGAAGAAGCGUGGGUUAAAAUAGAAAAUCUAGCCAAAGCCAACCCCCAGUACGCAGUGUAUAGUCGAGCCAGCGCCGCCAGCAUCCCGGUUGCUAUGGAGAGAGAGGGGCCUUUGCUGGAAGAUGUGCAGAUGCUGAGAAAGACAGUGAGCGAGGAGGCUCGCCAGGCACAGAAGGAAGAGAGGAAGGACCGUGCCGUUGUGCGCCGCAAGGCCGAGCUGCCCCAGGACCCCCACGCCAGGAAGGCCUUGGAAGCCCCGAGCGGCGCCGGCGAGCUGCUCUCCCGGGACGGCCAGUAGCCCCCAGAGGACCGCACGGCGGGGAGGCUGCUGCCCUCCUGGAUUCUGUAGGAAACAUCCUUGUUGUGCCACGCAAAUCCGUUAGGCUCGAGGUCAGAGCUUUCUCCACCCCAGCUGUGUGGAACCACGUCCCCCGUCCGCCCGCGAUGAGGAGCCCCGACAGUGGAGGUGGCAGGGGGCGCGGGGGCCUGGCCUGGCAGCCUCGCCACGAGGUCAGCCCUAGGCAGGCACCCCGCUCGCCACCUUCACGCCCCCCGAAAUACUCACACUAGUGGUUCUGUGACAGGAGCAAUGUUUUUCAAAUCAAAGGAACACUUUAAAAAGUAUUACAAGUUUUUAAAGACUUUACAGCCGUGAAAUCGUUUCCCCGUGAUCGUUAGGCCGGUAGGCCCUUUGGUUUGGGUUUUGGUUUCCUCUCAACGAGAUGGUUCUUUGCUUUCAUGUUCUAACACAGCUUACUGAAAAAGUAACACGACAAUCCUCAGCCACUGUCAUUUUCUCAGGCAUUUCUUUCCUUUCGUUAAUGACGCGACUACAUGACCUACUUCUUUACGUGUCUCUAAAGCCAUAUUCCGAAGUCUGUGGCCCAGCCCAGGAUUCCAGGAGUAAGCCGGUAGAGGACGUGGAUUUAAUAAGAGCUUUCCCAGUCAACCUUGACUGGAAUUGGAAUUAAGAAAUUGUGUGUUCAUAUUUUUAUUUGCAGAACUUUUUUUUCUUUAUUUAGGCAUUGUUGCCCUUUAAAACCGGUCUUAUUUAAUAAAAUGAAUCUCUCAGAAUUCCGUAACUUGUAGAAAGUUAGAAUGAGGUCUUUUUGAGUUAAACUGGUUUUUGACGUAAUGCAGACUGCAGCUGCCUCUCGGCCCCGCUGGCCGGCCACUGCCGCCACGCUCCCCUGUCCCUUCGCCACGCUGUGUGGCCCACGGAACUUGGAGGAAGCCCUGGCCAGGGCACUCCAGAGGAAUCUUUUUCUGUUGAAAAGAGCACACACGUUAUAAACACCUCAUAAGUAAAGUACAAUAUCGAAGUUUCCAUUGAUCUUCAAAUGCUGCUAUUUCACAAACUUAUUUGCAUGUUUGUAUUGAGCUUUUUGUUUUAGAUGGAAUAGCACGAGGAGAAAACCUUUACACUUAGUGCUUUGUCUAUUUUUUUCUCUCAGGGUGGCCAGUAUUUUGACUUAUUUAUCCUGCUUGAAAGCUGUUUGAAAUGUGCACUGCUAUUCUGAACAAGUGAUUCUGUUUCUUUUGUCUCUGGCAUAAGAUUAUAUAACUUAGGGUUAAAUGUCUCAAUGCAUAAAAGAUAAGAUGCGGCUUCUUUUCAGAUCUGUCUUUUUAUCUAGGUCUCCUGUAUCCAUUAAUUAUUGUGGGAAGCAGACAUAGCUGUGCAGCCCCACGGCGCUGCCAGUUGGUUUCAUUUAAAUCCAUCGACAAUGCUUAUUUCCUGUGUCUCGGAGGAAAAUCACUUUGGGGGAGGGGAUUAAUUGUGUUUCAAGCAAGAACAAGUACUAAAUUAAAAGAUUGCCCCAUCUUCAAGUGGAAGAGUCCAUUCUGUGAGAAGAAACACUUCCUGAGAAACUUGACAAGUAUCUAUCCAUUUUACCAUUAUGAAAUCUAUAAUUUAAAAAAGUUUAGAUGCCUUCUCCUUUUGAGGGAAAAAGGGUGCUUUUUAUUGUAUAAAGCUGCGUCUUCUGUAUUUUGAUACACCAUUGUUUGAACUUCCAUCUUUAGCUGAUAGAUUCUCAAAAAACCUUGAUUCUGGAUGUUCAGUAUGUUUGUGAGAGAGGUUUCUAUAAAGAAUCUCUUUUUGCCCUAGGGAAGGAAGCAAAAUAUCAAUGUUUGUUUGAUUGUGUGAAACUCAACGUAUAAGAACAUCUUUUUGUCUAGUUUUUAUUUCUGCUCUUUAUUGAAGACAAACAUUCACCAAAAAAAAAAAAAAAAAAAGUUUUCAGAGAAACUAAUUUUCUUUGGCAAGGGUAUUAUUACUUAAUACUUUGGCUUAUUAAAGUUUCCUUAGUUAGUACUUGGAUUCCCUGUGCUAACUGUUCAACUUAUAUAGAUUACUAUAUAGAUGCGCUGUUUAUUCUGUACCAAACUGAUUUCAAAAGUACUACAUUGAAAAUAUACUGGUAAUUUGGUGACUGUUUUUCUUCAUGAAGUUCUCCGUUGGCAUCUUCACAUUUUCCAGACUGUAUCUGUACAUCAGAAGUGUCACUAUUCCAAGUGUCUUUUUAGUGUGGCUUUAGUAUGGCUUCCUUUUAAUAUUGUACAUACAUUGUAUCUUUGUUUUAUGGUAAUAAGUAAUAAAAAUGUAGACUUCAUAUUUUGUACAAAAUGUCCUCUGUACAGAAUAAAAAAGUUCAUAGAAACAGCAAAAAUAGGUAAGUGGCACAAUUAUUUUUCUUUAGAAUAUAUCUGUAACUUUAUGCUUUAGUGAAAUGUUAAGUAGCUACAUAUUUUUUAACAUUUUGUAAUUUGAAAAUUUUUGUUUUGACAUUGUUUAUGAAGACAAACUUCAUAUACUUGCCACUUAAUAUGCUCUUUUAUCUAAAUUUAAACAUUCUAAAAAUGGUGUAUUAUAUGGACUAAAUAAAGACCAUGUGAAUUUUA